GGAGGAUCCGCGAUGUCGAGCUGGAGCGCCGCUGGCCCAGCUGAAAAACGGCGCCGGCACGCCGCUUUUGUUUUUGCACAGUUGUGAUCGGCGUGAGAUGGAAAGACCCGAGACAAUCCGCGUGCCAAUAUUCCGCUCAGACUCGGACCGCAUCUGCUGCCGGUGGCUUCGACUGCCAAUGGCACUCUCGUGCGAGGUCAUAUAAGUGAGCCCCCUUCUGGGCGUCCUCAGACCAGUGAGUGACCCGUGCCGGUGAGAAGGCGCGCUGUGAGGGGCCCACGUGGAUACGGCCCGCACACCAGCACAAAGCCGACACGAUGCCACUUCUGUGGAUUGCGGUGCUGGUGCUGGGGCUGGCUGCGACCGGUCACACGGCGGACGGCGCGUCCGACGCCGGCCAGGAGAAGGAGGCCGCCCGCCUGCUCUUCCCGGUGGUGUACUCGAGCACUCUGACCGUGUUCAGCAUUCAGUCCGUCACCAGCACUGUGCCCUUCACCUGCUUCAACUCGCUGACGGGCACAGCCACCGCCUGCACGGGCCGCCGCCGACGGCGGCGCUCCGGCCGCCUGGGCCGCCCGCGCGCGCUGGAGGCGCCCGGUCUGGGGCGCAGCGAACCCGGACUGCAGGGCUCGCUGGCAGAAGACCGCAUCAGUCCCACCGAGUCCGAGAGCUCCCGUCUGGUGCUGACCUCCUGGAUCACGGUGGUGUCGUCGGUCACCAGCGUGUCCACCGUCACCAAGUACGACACCACCGUGUCGCUGGGAAUGCUGUGCACCAUCGGCGGCGCCUCCUUCUUCAAGACGUGCCCGUAAGGAGCGGCUGUGUGGCGGGCGGCCCGGCCGGGCGCGCCGCCGUCAGCGGCCGGCCGGAGCGGCCUCCGGCGCCGGCCCGGAGCGGCCUCCGGCGCCGGCCCGGAGCGAUCGCUGACCGUGCUUUGGCCAGCCGCUGUGCAGCUGAACACACCAAACGUACAUUGUUUGUGUCAAACGAGAAGUCGAGCAUCCGUCGCCAAGGAAAUAUCGAAACCAGCAAUCCGAGAGAUGUGAACGUUUUGCGAUAAAGGUUAUCUGAGUGGCUCCCCUCUUUUUUGUUCCUUUAGGAUGAGAGUGACUUGGUUAUGCUAGUGCAUUGAGCUCAUGAUGUAGAAGCAUAUCGGUUGUUAUAUACUAAUUGUUAUCGUUUCGUCAUGCGUGGUUAUUUUUUAAAGUGUAUUAGUGCUGCCGUGUUAAUAAACUGAUGUUUCAAA